GGUUCAACUUUGUGAUGUCUUCCCCUGAAAUUGCUUCCAUUUCGUGGGGUCAGAUGAAGGUGAAAGGCUGCUCUACAACAUAUAAGGACUGCAAAGUAUGGCCAGGAGGAAGCCGAACCUGGGAUUGGCGAGAAACUGGGACUAAUCAUUCUCCAGGAGUGCAGCCAGCUGACCUUGAAGAAGUUGUCAAGAAGGGUGUUAAAACUCUGGUGAUUGGUCGUGGCAUGAGUGAGGCUUUGCAGGUUCCAUCAUCUACUGUGGAGUAUCUGAAGAAAAACGGGAUCGAUGUGGUGGUCUUGCAAACAGAGAAGGCUGUGGCAGAGUACAACACCCUGGCUGCUCAGGGUGUUAAAGUUGGGGGAGUUUUCCACUCAACCUGCUGAGGCAUUACAGCUCAUUGCGCCUUCCUCGACCGCAGCCAAAUCACGGACACACCUCUCCGCUGAAUCAAAUUACAGUCAGCAGAGUGUGGACUUACGUGCCAAGGCAUUUGUGCACUGACAAUCUAAAAUGCAAAGACGGUUUA